GUAGGUUUGCUGGUCAACAUCUCCUUGUCACUCCAUCCCUCCCUGCAAGUGGUCUUUCUGUUGCAUUGUAUAAAGCGCAAACCCUUCGCGCGAGAAGAGCGUGGUCGAAAAUGGGUCGGGGUGGUGCUAUUCACCUCAGCUACGCAGCUCUGGUGCUCCUCUCACAGGCAACAGGAAGCAGCGCAGGUCUCUGGACGGUGGACAUCAAUCACAGCCCGGCACCUCCAGCAGAAUCCGGACCGCCCUUUUCCGCGCACGCAUCACGAGAUCGAGAUCUACUGCCAUACCAGGUGGUGGGGGUUGUCAGCGCAUACGUGGGCUCGGUGCUUAUUAUUGGGACGCUGCUACUGACCUGGGGCCGCAAGCUUCGAAAGCGAGCCCUCAACAUGGUGAUCGAAAAGCCCACGGAACUGGUGAAGCCCACCAAGAACAUGUUUGAUAUCAACUCGCCAUCAAGCCCCGUGGGAAGCGUGAGAGGGUGGAUCGGGCGGAAAAAGAGGACGGCAGACAGUAUACGAAGCGGCAGGAGUACUUUGCGCUCGCCGGGAGGGGCAAGCGUUGCCACAUUUGAUGAUCACGUUGUGGAGCAGCACAAGGCAAGGCAGAAAGAUGAUCUGGCGCGAGUCUACGGCGCAGUCUUUGAGCAUGAAGACUCUACAGCUCCUCCCUAUUCUGCAGAGGACACGCAUAGCGCCCGUGCGAAGUCUGGCCCGCUGCGGCAUCUGGACAUGGACCGUGUGAGGGAUGCUGGUGGUCCAUCCGCUCGGAGUCCUCAAUCGCCCACAUCGCCAUAUCACGCCAAGAAUGUUCUUGCGCAGCUUUCACCGAGAUAUAAGCUGGAUGCACCUCGAUCUCCGAUGCAUGAAACUAGUGACGGCCGAGCAGCUUCGCACGGGAAUCGGACAAUCGACUCUUCUCCGGGCAAGUUGCGCAAGAAAUUCGUCAAUCUUAAUCUGAACAAUAUUGGCUCGCCGAUCAAGAGCCUACGUGACAACGACGACGGCGCACGGGAGCCAUUAUCACCCAAGUUGUAUACGAAUCCAGGUGCUCCACCACCAGAACCACCGUCUACUCGAACAGCAGAGACUUUUCUUUACUCACCUACAACGCCUGGCACAGGUAGAAGCUUUGCAUUCACCGAAGAAGAAGAGCAUUUCGAUCAUGUCCGCGAUCUGCCCUCGGCACAUCCUCAGCGACGCCCAGGCUUGAUCAGUGAGAGCCAGCCCCCUCUGAGUCCAUCGAGUCCUGGGCUCCCUUCGAGUCCGGCCCAGUUCCGAGUGGGAUCACCGCCUCGCCGGGGCCCAGCAGCACCUGCGGGCAACAUUGACCGGCCUCUUGCGCUUCGACAAUUCAAUGAGCAGCAGAAACAAAUGCAACAGAGUACCGUCAGCCUUGCAUCUCCCACUACCGCCCGCCACUUCCCCUUAUCGCCCGUGGGAGCGUGGAAUACUCGAGCGGGUGGUCUCCUCUCCCCUCCGAUUCAGCAGACGGUGUUGCACACCAAAGGUGUGGACCGAGGGCUGACGACGCCGGGCGGUACUCUGGAACAGUUGCCGUAUAGUCCUUACUUUCCGAAUCAGUUGGUGACGCCUGUCACACCGCACUUUACGACGAGGGCGGAACGCAAGCAGAAGGAAAAGGAAGAGAAGACGACUCGUGGUGCGAUUACGGAAGAAGAUCAAGUCAAGGACGAUAAAGACUUGUGGCGGGAUGGGUAUGAUUGAUUUUUUCGUGGUAGUGUAUACAGUACCUAGAUGUAAUUGUGAUGAGAUAUGACUUUGUUUACCUCC